AUUUACGGGAAUUUUAUCAAUCAAGUGUUUUUCCCGGCAUUCCUGGGAUUUUCCCAGCCAGAGAAAUUUUACUGUUACAAUGAGAUUCCAGUGUUAUGGUAAUGGGCAAUGCAAAAUAAUUGGAACACAGCAUCCCUGUAGCGCAUGGGUGGAUAGAUUUAAUCACAUCCGUAAUCAAAAUCAAAACAUUGCUCCUUUCAUAGCACACGAGAAAGCGGCAUUGGUUCCAAAGUGCACUGAUAAAAGAGCGUACCAUAUGACACUGGGCAAUAGCCAUGCUUGCCUGAAAAGGUUUCCGAUCGUGUGUAGUGAGCGACAGGUGACUUUUUAUACAAUUUGUAGUUCAUUAACUGUUUGUCACUAAAACCGUGCACAAAACCACAAUGGCUUGUGGGAAGCUGUUUCGUGCAAUAAUCAUGGGUGCACCUGGGUCCGGCAAAGGUACCGUUUCCGGACGAAUUGUGAAAGCGUUUAACCUGAAGCACAUCAGUAGCGGUGAUUUGUUGCGAUCGAAUAUCGAGAAGCGUACGGAGCUGGGGUUGAUCGCCGACAAGUACAUUCGAGAGGGCAAACUGGUGCCGGAUAUUUACAUAACGAAAUGCAUAUUGAACGAACUCGAACAAAUUCAAUCCUACUCGUGGCUAUUGGACGGAUUUCCUCGCACACGUGAACAAGCGGAUGAUCUGUGGAACCAGGAACGUAUCGAUUCCGUAAUCAAUUUGGAUGUGCCUUUUGAUGUGAUAAUCGAACGAAUUCAAAGCCGUUGGGUGCAUUUGCCUAGCGGACGGGUGUACAAUGUAGGGUUUAAUGACCCGAAGACACCGGGUCGUGACGAUAUCACCGGUGAACCCCUGAGCCAACGACCAGACGAUAAUCCGGUGGCUGUGAGGAAACGGUUAGAAGUGUACGAUGCUUGUACGCGCCCAAUAAACGAAUACUUUGAUAAGAAGGGUGUGCUGGUUACAUUCAAGGGAAGCACCACGGACGAAAUUUGGCCACAUGUGAAAAAGUAUCUCGAAACAAAGGCACAGUGAAGAGUGACGUGCUAAAGUAUAUCCCCAAAAUUCCAUUCCAAAAUUCCCACAUGAAACAUACCGGCACAAUCAAGUUGCACAGUAGUAGAUAAGAUAAAAAAGUGUACGAUACCAUUAUAUCCCAAUCAUGCCUCGAAGAAGUAAUUCGACUGUAAUUCCACUGCGAUGACAAUAAGCAAUUGUAGAGUAAUGUUGAAUAAAAGAAUAAGGAUUGUAUGCAGAAA